GCAUGAGAAAGAGUGAAGCGAAUGAACUAAAAUAAACAAAAGUAAGGAGAAUAACGUCUUGCCGUUACUGCCGGUUGCGAGGGCUUAGUAAUUAGUGGUAUUCCUUGAUUCCAAACCAACGAACUGGGAUUGCUGGUAUUCGGACGCAACAAGAACAAUGACUUCUUCAUCGCCUGAGAACAAUUGUCCAAUAAAAAUGCACAUUAAAUUGGAAAGGAGAUUGGCAGACAAAGAAAACGACUAUAGCUCAUAUAUAGCAACUAGUGAUACAACGAAACAACAAUCCUCAAGUUCUGUUUCCAAAUCAGCCGAAUCGACUGAUCCUGAUGAGAAAAGUCUUUACAUUUACGACGCUAUUUGGAAAGAGAAUUAUUUCUCGACAUCAAUUGAUUUACACGAGCCACGUGGUCCAAAAUAUUUGUGCAUGGAAUGUAACGAAUACUUUGUAACAAGGUUGAGUUUAUCAACUCAUUCGCAGAUGCAUCGAAAAUUUUUCUGCAUAAUUUGUGCCAUGUAUUUUGAGAAUAAACAAGAUAUGAACAAACACCUUACAUCUUCGCAUGCGAAUCUUGUGAAAUUGAUCAUGCCAGGAACAAGGACUCUUUUGGAGGUUGUGAAGCCAUCAGAAACUAUCUGUGCACUCGAUGAUGCGAGACCAAUAGUGCAAAAGUCGGUAAGUGGUCGAAAGUUACCAAUUCCAAAGCGAUCUCUUUCACAACGUAAGAAAAACAAAAUCGAGGCCAUAGAAUCUGCUGUUGAAGUACCAACAAGGACACUGAAAUCCCGAUUUGGUCGAUGUAUUACUGUAAAAAUGCCAAAUUAUUGAAAGUUGAUCUUCACUUCACUCAUCACUUGUCUUUAUGAUGAUACGCUUAUUUUGAAUUGAGAGUCUUUAUUUUAUUUUAUUUUUUGUCUUUUUUUGAAUUAUUUUUGUAAAGACCUUGUGAGUUGAAUUGAUUUCAUUCCAUAUAUUGAAGUAACAUGAAGUUUAUUUUUUACUUAUUAUUUUGUUUGUGAUUUUGAAUAAGUUCAAAACAUCUGAAAUAAAAUGAACGUUCAUGUCGUUUA